AAGCCAUUUUGAUUUCUGAACUGGGAAGCAAGACUUGAGAGCGAAGAACUGUUGAAUUGAAGGCUAUAAAAGGAGAAAUCGACGGUGGAGAAUGAGGAAACAGAGUCCAGAGAGGUCGAAUUGGAGAGGAUCCGAUGAGCGGAAAGAGCAGAGUUCUUGUGGUGGGAGGAACUGGUUAUUUGGGGAAGAGGAUCGUCGCGGCGAGCCUGGCGCAGGGCCACCAGACGUAUGUGAUUCAGAGGCCGGAGAUCGGACUCGACAUCGAGAAAUUGCAGCUCCUGCUUUCGUUCAAGAGGCAGGGGGCGGUGCUGCUGCCGGCUUCUUUCUCCGAUUUCCAAAGCCUCGUCGACGCUGUGAAGCGAGUCGAUGUUGUGAUUUCGGCCAUUUCAGGCGUCCAUUUCAGGAGCCAUAGCCUUCUGGUUCAGCUUAAGCUCAUCGAGGCCAUCAAAGUCGCCGGAAACAUCAAGAGAUUCUUUCCAUCGGAGUAUGGGAUAGAUCCUGCAAGAAUGGGAAAUGCGUUAGAACCUGGAAGAGAGACAUUUGACCAGAAAAUGGCGGUGAGAAAGGCGAUAGAAGAAGCCAAAAUUCCCUUCACCUACGUCUCUGCAAAUUGCUUUGCCGGUUACUUUGCCGGUAACCUGUCUCAGAUGCAGACUCUUAUCCCUCCCACCCAUCAAGUUACCCUUUAUGGAGAUGGCAACGUUAAAGUGAUCUACGUGGAUGAAGAUGACGUAGCAUCAUACAUCGUCAAAGCAGUAGACGAUCCACGAACUCUGAACAAAACGCUCUACAUUAGGCCUCCACACAACAUUCUCACCCAAACAGAGUUGAUUGGGAAGUGGGAAAAACUUUUCGGGAAACAACUGCAAAAGAACACUAUUUCUGCUGAGGAUUUUCUCGCCACCAUGAAAGAUCUGGACUCAGCACAGCAGGCUGGAUUAGGACAUUUUUACCACAUUUUCUUCGAAGGUUGCUUGACAAACUUUGAAAUUGGGGAAGGAGGAGAAGAAGCUUCACAGCUUUAUCCAGAAGUGAACUACACUCGCAUGGAUGAUUACCUGAAGAUAUUUUUAUGAGCACACCAAACAAAAAGAGGUGAUUAAAACACUUAAUUACCAAGUUUAAUACGUAAAGUUUGCAUUCAAAGGCAAACCAAGCUCACCGGUUUCUUCCCUGGUUUUCCCAAGUUUGAUACCAGUACUUACUCUUUAGAACUAAGGACACAGUUGUGUACGACCUAUAGAACUGAUCUUGUUCAAGUAAAGUCGUAGUAUUUGUAUUGUACUCUUUCAACUUCCAUUGCACUCUUUGUUUCUUUGAUUUCCUUUCCAACAGAUAUAUUGAUGUACUUUUUUGGAUCAGAUAUCUUUCAAAUGAAAAAGAAUAAAGCACAUCUAAAAUAUAUGGAUUUGGUCCAUUUUUCUCGUGAA